AGGUUACUAGGGGGGAUAUUAGGUGCAAGGUUGGAGUUUGUAUUUAGGUGCCAGGACUGGGCAGUGCCUAUUGGUUAUGAGUUGGGUAGAACAAAUAACUGUACAGUCAGGGAGGGUCCCUCACUUUCUGGACACACAGAUGCUUCACACUAAUGUGGAUAUGGAAAAGACUUCCAUUGGGAUUGACCAAGAGGAGCCUGAAGCUGGAGGAGGUGCCAUCACCAUAUAACGGCUAAGGAUGGGAGUUGGGCAACUUUCCAAGCUUCUCCCUCGUUGCCUUUUGCUGGACUCCAUACGGGUUGGAUGUACAAUAAGGAUCUGCCUUUGCCGAGCGCUAAAUUGGAGGAUUGCUGAGCUGGGGGCCGCUAUUCCUUGAGUUGUCGGCGGGGUAGUUUCUGGGGUCACUGUUGGUAGUGACAUUAAAGAACUUUUCUGGAGCUGAGAAGAAUCCAGGGGAAUAUUAUUUUGACCAUUUUUUGGAUUGUAAACGAUUUUGUCUAAGGGAGGAAAUUUGGGGGGCCAUUCUAUUACUGGAUAAUUUAUUCCUAAUCAUUUUGUGUUUGGGGGUGUGAGGCUGAGAGACCCCGCUGGAUACAGUUGUUACCGUCCAUGAUGCCUACCACGAGGGCAUCACUUAUUCUGGGGUGUCUCCUGAUUAUAGGCCCGUGGGUAAUUCUUGCUGAACAUCCUCUGCCCUCGAUAUUUCCCCCAAAGGAUGAGUUGGUUCAGAGGUUGCACUCCUCCUUUUCAUUAACGUGCAAUGGUGAAAGCGAACUGAGCUGGCAGCACCCUUAUUCCGAUCCGAGAGCCGAGGAGCACAAUGUAGCCAUUCGAAAUGAAGAAAACAACAGCGGCCGCUUUGUGUCUGUUCUGGAAGUGACCAACGCUUCUGCCUCCAAUACGGGCCUCUACACCUGCUACCACAAUCACACUCAGACUGAGGAGGGUGAGAUUGAAGGCACAGAUAUCUAUAUCUAUGUCCCAGACCCUAACGUUCCUUUUGCUCCCCCCGGGAUCUUUGACCAUAUUAUAGUGGUUGAGGAAGAUGAGUCUGCUUUGGUACCUUGUCGCACUACCGACCCUUCAAGCCAAGUGACCCUAAAAAAUAUGGAAAAUUCUAGAAUUGUCAAUGCCUUUUAUGACAGAAAGCAAGGAUUUGCUGGAAACUUCCCACCAGGAUCGUACAUCUGUGAAACCGUCUCCAACAAAAUGGUCUAUCAGACAGAAGCUUAUAUUUUACAGACAUGGAAAGCAACUCACAACAUUUCUGUUGAAAUGGAAGCUCCCAAGACUGUGUUCCGAGCUGGGGAAACCAUUACUAUUGCCUGCAUUGUGCUGGACAAUGAGGUGGUAGACUUGCAGUGGGCCUACCCUGGACAACAGAGAGGGGUUGGCAGUAGAAAUGUUGAAGAAAGCAAGGUUCCCUAUCAGCGGCUGGUAUACACCUUAAACAUCGCAAAUGCCACGGCAAAAGAUUCUGGAGAGUACGAGUGUGCUGUUAUACACGCAACACUAGAUAACAUGGUAGUCAAGAAGACAAACAUAACAGUCCAUGAAAAAGGAUUCAUCAACCUGGAGCCCAUGUUUGGAUCAGAGGAAUUUGCUAAUCUCCAUGAAGUCAAGAGUUUUAUAGUAGACUUGCAUGCAUAUCCCACCCCUAGAGUCUUCUGGCUGAAGAACAACCGGACACUGAGUGAAAAUCUGACAGAGAUCACAACUAGUACUGUUACAACUAAAGAAACCAGGUUACAGAGUAAACUUAAGCUGAUCCGGGCCAAAGAAGAAGACAGUGGGCUGUAUACUCUGGUGGCACAAAAUGAUGCAGAAACUAAAAGUUACUCGUUUGUGUUACAGAUAAAAGUACCUGCUUUGAUAUUGGAACUGGUUGAUGAGCAUCAUGGGACAUCUGGUGAACAGACUGUUGGGUGUUUAGCCAAAGGAAUGCCGGUCCCUGAUGUGGAAUGGUUGGUCUGCAAGGACAUUAAAAGAUGCAGCAAUGACACCUGGUGGUCCCUUCUGGCAAUAAAUGGGUCAGAAAUCAGUAUGGAGACGCAUCAAGAUGAUGAGAACACAAUUGAAAGCCAGGUGACUUUCAAGAAAGUUGAGGAGACAAUGGCAAUCCGAUGUGUUGCAAAAAAUGACCUUGGUGUUGCGGCCAGGGAACUAAAGCUGGUUGCACCUACCCUACGUUCUGAGCUCACUGUGGCUGCUGCUGUCUUGGUUCUUCUGGUGAUUGUCAUUAUAUCCCUCAUUGUACUUGUCAUCAUAUGGAAACAGAAACCAAGGUACGAAAUAAGAUGGCGAGUAAUUGAAUCUAUCAGCCCAGACGGCCAUGAAUAUAUCUAUGUUGAUCCAAUGCAGCUUCCUUAUGACUCCCGGUGGGAAUUCCCAAGGGAUGGACUUGUUCUUGGUCGCAUCCUUGGCUCUGGAGCUUUUGGGAAAGUGGUUGAAGGCACAGCAUAUGCAUUAAGUCGUUCUCAGCCAGUUAUGAAAGUUGCUGUUAAAAUGUUGAAACCUACAGCCAGGUCAAGCGAAAAGCAGGCACUGAUGUCUGAACUGAAGAUCAUGACACACCUUGGCGCCCAUCUCAAUAUAGUAAAUUUACUAGGAGCCUGUACCAAGUCAGGACCAAUUUAUAUUAUUACUGAAUACUGCUUUUAUGGUGACCUUGUGAAUUACCUGCAUAAGAACCGGGAUAAUUUUCAGAGCCGACAUCCAGAGAAACCAAAGAAGGACUUGGAUAUCUUUGGGCUGAACCCAGCUGACGAAAGCACAAGAAGCUAUGUUAUUUUAUCAUUUGAAAACAAUGGCGACUACAUGGACAUGAAACAGGCUGACACCAUGCAGUAUGUACCAAUGCUGGAAAUGAAUGAACCCUCCAAGUAUUCAGAUAUCCAGAGAUCCCUGUAUGACCGCCCUGCAUCGUACAAGAAGAAGCCUUUGUCAGAAGUAAAAAAUAUCCUGUCUGAUGAUGGAUUCGAGGGUUUAACAGUACUGGACUUGCUCAGUUUCACAUACCAAGUUGCACGAGGCAUGGAGUUCUUAGCCUCUAAAAAUUGUGUACAUCGGGAUUUGGCAGCUCGAAAUGUCCUAUUAGCACAUGGGAAAAUUGUGAAAAUUUGUGACUUUGGUCUAGCGAGAGACAUCAUGCACGACUCCAACUAUGUAUCCAAAGGCAGCACUUUUCUUCCAGUGAAAUGGAUGGCACCUGAAAGCAUCUUUGAUAACCUGUACACAACUCUCAGCGAUGUGUGGUCAUUUGGAAUCCUGCUGUGGGAGAUAUUCUCUCUUGGGGGCACACCAUACCCUGGCAUGAUUGUAGACUCAACUUUCUAUAAUAAGAUAAAAAGUGGCUACAGAAUGGCAAAACCUGACCAUGCCACCCAUGAAGUGUACGACAUCAUGGUAAAAUGCUGGAACAGUGAACCAGAAAAAAGGCCAUCAUUUCGCCAUCUGAGUGACAUUGUUGAAAGUCUACUUCCUAUGGAAUACAAAAGGUGCUACGAGACAGUUCUUCACGAUUUCCUUAAAAGUGAUCACCCUGCAGUUACUCGCAUGAGAAGUGACAGUGACAAUUCCUACAUUGGGGUGACGUAUAAAAAUGAACACAAAAUGAAGGACAGAGAGAGUGGGUUUGAUGAGCAGAGGCUGAGUGCUGACAGCGGUUACAUUAUUCCCCUUCCUGAUAUUGACCCCGUCUCAGAUGAUGAGUCCGGCAAGAGGAACAGGCACAGUUCUCAGACAUCAGAAGAGAGUGCAAUCGAGACUGGUUCCAGCAGUUCCACUUUUAUAAAGAGGGAUGAUGAGACCAUUGAAGACAUUGAUAUGAUGGAUGACAUUGGGAUUGAUUCCUCGGAUCUAGUGGAGGACAGUUUCCUGUGAGAUCUCGCCAAAUCCAUUUCACUUGCCAAGCCAUGAAAACGAAAGGGAAAGGCUGUGAAGUCUUGAGAUUUAUAUUUUUUCACCUAAAACUCUCUCAUUGCGUCAAAGAAUAAAACUUGGAAAUAUUGGCCUUGUCAGCUUCAUGGUACUUCAAGGGACUGGGUUUGUAUCACAAUCACACUAUAGAACUGGAAAUAAUGAUUGGUACAAGGACCAAAACCCUGUCUGAGUAGUUUAUCAAGCGGUACACCGAAGCAUCUCAGUAUUUUUGUGGAUUUUUGUUCUUAAAUAAUUGGACAGAAAUAGCAGCUUCCUGUUUUAAGGGCAUUCGUGGCUAUGAAGACCAGAAAUCACACAGCAGUUGAAUUCCAUCAUUGUAAUUAUGUAAAUAA